GAGUAAUCUUUCUUUUUCUUUCUCGUUCUCUGCGUUAAUUUUUCCCUCAAGAAUUCCAAUGGCACCCAGAGCGGAAAAGAAGCCGGCUGAGAAGAAGCCCGCCGCUGAUAAGCCAGCGGAGGAGAAGAAAUCUGUUGCAGAGAAAGCUCCUGCGGAGAAGAAGCCGAAGGCCGAGAAGAGGUUGCCUAAGGAAGGCGGUGCUGGUGAUAAGAAGAAGAAGCGCGUGAAGAAGGGUACAGAAACCUACAAGAUCUACAUCUUCAAGGUGCUUAAGCAAGUUCACCCUGACAUCGGAAUCUCCAGCAAGGCCAUGGGCAUCAUGAACAGCUUCAUAAACGAUAUCUUCGAGAAGCUUGCGCAGGAGGCCUCGAAGCUCGCUCGGUACAACAAGAAACCCACCAUCACUUCUCGGGAGAUUCAGACCUCUGUCCGUCUUGUUCUCCCCGGAGAAUUGGCCAAGCACGCCGUCUCCGAGGGUACCAAGGCUGUUACCAAAUUUACGAGUUCUUGAAUGAUGUGCUAGUUAGUCCAGGGUUUAGUGCCUUUGAAAGUAAUUAGGGUUAGGUUUUUCUUUUUGUGUUUUUUAUUUCCCCUCCUCCUUUUCCAGAUUUUCGAAGUUUUUUUCUGAUGUAAUAUACUGAUCUUUGAUCUGGAAAUGAUACAUCUAAUCAUAGCAAUGCUUGUG